AUGCCCUCUUCCACUUCCUCCAACGACGGCCACACCAUGCCUUCCAAACUCAGGAACUUGGUGCAGGCCCAGAAGCCAGAUAUCAAAAUCAACUUCUCCACCAAGAAGAAGACUUAUACUACACUGGAUCGGAUCGAAGGCUCCGUUACUGUGGUUCCGCAGGUGGAUACGAACUUCGACUCAAUCGACAUUGAAUUCAUUGGAACAUCGAGAACUUAUGUCGAACGACUCACUACUGCUGCUGCUGCGAGUGGACGAUCAGAGGCCUUCCACCAGUUCUUGAAGCUCCAACAGCCUGGACUGCAUCAACUGUAUCCGGAGGAUCUGGUCCUUCGAGCCGGCAAGAUCUACGACUUCCCCUUUGUCUUUGUCGUACCUCAGCAACUUUUGCCGCGGGUAUGCCAGCACCCUGUUCAGAGCGACGCCACCCGCGAAGCACACUUUCGUCUCCCACCCACCUUCGGCGAUAAAGGUCUGACGAGCCAGAAGGGCUCCGAUGACAUGGCUCCGGACAUGGCGAGCAUCCGAUAUGGGGUCUUCUCCAAGAUCACAGAGCUCAAGAUGAAAGGUGACGAUGCACUUCGAUGUACUGUCGCAUCCAAAGCUCGGAGACUGCGAGUCAUUCCUGCAGUCGAGGAGCAGCCCCCUCUCGACGUUCACACCGAAGACGGUGAGUACUUCAUGAGGAAGGAGAAGUCCAUCAGGAAAGGCUUGCUCAAGGGGAGGCUCGGCACCCUGACCAUGGAGUCCGCGCAACCUCAGGCGUUUAAGAUGAAGUCGUACAACAACCCAGAGUCUAGGAUGACUACGAUGGCGACAGUCAUGCUUCGCUUCGAUCCACUUGACGACGCACUGCCACCGCCGAAACUUGGAAACCUCGCCAGCAAGCUCAAAGUCACCACCUACUUCUCCAGUGUGGCGAGAGACUGCUUCCCGUCCAAGCAGCUGUCCAUGUACGAUCUCUCGCAAGGCCUGCACACCGAACAAUUCAGCCUCUCGUCUCGCUGCGUCAAUAACGUGGAGUGGACGAAGCAAGAGCCUUCUCCUGCACUCACUCUCGAACGACGUGGCUCUGCGCUUUCAUCCAGCUCCUUGGAGACAGGCGACAUCCCGGAAGCAAGCGAAGGCUACAAGGGUGGACUAUAUUACACAACUCGCAUCCUCGUCCCGAUCACACUCCCAACGAACAAGGCCUUCCCACCCACCUUCCACAGCUGCCUCAUCAGCCGCGUCUACGCCCUCAAACUCGAUCUCGGCAUCUCCAGCCCCGGUCUCGGCUCAACAAUGGAAGUCAAAGUCCCCGUGCAAAUCUCCUCCCAAGACCUCGUCAGCGACGACUUCGCCCGUCGAGAAUCGAUCAGCGGCGUCGAAGAGGCGGAAGUCGACGUCGAAGACGUCUCGAACUUCUUCUCCAACAACGGAUUUGAGCCUAGGACGAUCCGCGUGCCGUCGGUGGACUUGGUCGGACGCAGCAGGAUUGGGAGUCAGGCGCCGACGGCGGAUGCACCCCCGGGGUAUACGCCGAUGAAUGAGGGGAGGGUGGCGCCGAGUGUGAGUUAUCAAAGGUUGCAGAGUGUGCCUGUUUACUAG